AUUCCCCCAACAAAUUAAUUUUCUCAAUCGCCCCCCAAUUUCUCUACUUUCUCUCUCUAGAAAAAAGCUCUCAGCGGUCCAUUCUCAAAUCUUACCCAAAUUCCUCUUCCACCCUAAACCCCGCCUCCUCUUUCCGUUUCUCUCUCUGCAUCUACAUCAGCACUUCUAGAGAGAGAAAGCUCUACUUGUAGUUUAGGGUUUUUUUGCUCAGUUCACUCACUUCACUCAGUUUGAACUCUGAUCGGAGUUUCUCCUUUUCUAGGGUGUAUUUUCAUCUGGAUUUUAGUUCAAUCUUACUAGAUUCGGCUUCGAUCAGGCGUUUCUUACUUCAAAGUUUUGGUUUUUUUACAUCGAUUAGUCGAGCAGUUCAAUCUGGGUUUCGUGCGUCAGAUCUUCGAUUAAAGGCUCGCAUAUGAUGGAUCUGAGUGAUAAAGGCUCCGAGUGUGAAGAUAUGAGUAGCCCUACACCAACCCCUGAUAGGGUUUCAUCCGACGGUUCAAAUGUCAAGACGUGUGUUGAUUGCGGUACCUCCAAAACCCCUCUCUGGAGAGGCGGUCCAGCUGGACCCAAGUCACUAUGCAAUGCAUGUGGGAUUAGGAGCAGAAAGAAGAGAAGGGCACUAAUGGGUGUAACAAAAGAAGAAAAAAAGACCAAAAAAACAUCAAUUGUGAAAAACAACAACCAAAGCAACAGCAGUAACAGUUGUACCAGCAGCAGUGGUGAUAGUACCACCAAAAUUGGGGAAUCAAUAAUAAAAAAGAAAUUGUGGGUUUUCGGUAGAGACGUAGCGUUGCAGAGACCAAGAUCAAACACUACUCGGAGAAGAAAAUGGGGAGAGGAAGAACAACAAGCUGCUUAUCUUUUAAUGGCUUUAUCUUGUGGCUCUGUUUAUGCAUAGGACCUUUUUUUUUUAAUUUUUUUUUGUACUUUGUGCACUAGUGGUUGUACCUCUCUUUUUCUUCCUUCUUCCCCCAACCCUAAUUUCAAGAAAGAGGAGUAAAGAGCUCUAAUGGGGUUUUCUUCCUUCUUUCUUUUCUCUAAUUCCCACCUUUUUGUGAGCAUAAAUGAAAUUUCUUUCAUUUUAAUUUCUAACAUUGAUUAUUCUUUUUGUCCUAAUUUAGUACAAUCAU